AUGUCAGAUACACAAUAUGGUGACUUCAAGCUGUACCGCUAUGAUCCAACCAUGGCUGGUGCAGUCAUUUUUGUCAUCGCGUUCAUCGCAGUCACCGGUCUGCAUUUCUACCAGAUGAUCCGAACAAAAACGUACUUUUUCGUUCCAUUCGUCAUCGGAGGGCUAUUCGAGGUCGUUGGAUUUGCCGCACGUGCCAAAUCGGCCCAGGAAGCUCCGAACUUCAGCAUCCCCGCCUAUUCUAUCCAGGCCAUCCUGAUUCUCGUUGCCCCUGCUCUGUUCGCCGCAAGCAUCUACAUGGAGCUCGGACGUAUCAUUCUUCUUACCGAUGGAGAGCAACACAGCAUCAUUCCUAAGAAAUGGCUCACAAAGAUCUUCGUCAUCGGCGAUGUCAUCUCAUUCUGCCUCCAGGCAGCUGGCGGUGGUAUCAUGGCGUCUGGCACGAUCGAAGCACUCGAAACGGGUGAACAUAUCACCAUCGGCGGUCUGGUCAUUCAGAUCCUGUUCUUCGGCUUCUUCAUUGUCGUCAGCAUCACUUUCAACAUGCGCAUGAACAAGAUACCCACCAGCCGCAGCAUGGUCAGCUACAACCCCUGGAAGAAGCAUCUGUAUACUCUGUACGGCGGCAGUGCGCUCAUCCUGAUCAGAUCGAUCUUCCGCUUGAUCGAGUACAGCCAGGGCAACGACGGAUACCUCAUCUCGCACGAAUGGUUCUUGUACGUUUUCGAUGCUUGUCUGAUGCUGGCCACCAUGGUCUUGUUCGCUUGGUUCCACCCAAGUGAGAUCUGGGCCAUGCUGAACAAGAACGGCGGCAAGAUGGUCAGUCAUGGCUACAAGAUUGAGGCGGCGAUCCCGUUGAUGUGA